AUGCGCAUGCUCUUCGCCCUCCUGUGGGCGCCGGCGGCCGCCCGCGAGCUCUCCAUUACUGAUUUCGGUGCGGUGCCCGGUGGCGCCAACAACGCGACCGCCGCGUUUGAGAACGGGAAGGCUCUGUACGACGCGCUGCGCGCCGCGCGCAAGGGCGACGUCGUCGUCGUGCCGAGCCAACGAUUCGUGAUGGUGCCCUACGCGCCGCUCUACGGCCUCGAGCACGUCGAGCUGCGCCUCGAAGGCUGCCUCGCCGCCUAUGAACCGCCGCAGGGCGAGCACGCCAAGGUGUGGCCCUUCUACCUGGGCAACUUCGAGAGCCUAAUCACGAUCCACCUGUCGUCGCACGUGACAGUUUCGGGCGGCGGCGCCUUGGACGGCCGCGGCCACAACUGGUGGGUCGCGUUUGCGCGCAACAAGCUCGCUUCAAAACGCCCCAUGCUCCUCCAGAUCGACGGCUCCACGGACAUUGUCGUGCGCGACAUCACGAUGCUCGACUCGCCAAGAUUCAAUCUCUAUCUCGGGAGCUAUUGCAAGCGGGUCCUCGUCGAGCGCGUCACGAUCCUGGCGGACUGGGCGGCGCAGGCAGCGCUGCAGAAGUCCGUACCGAUGUUCCCUUUCAACACCGAUGGUAUUGAUGUGGCCGGCCGGGACGUCACGAUCCGAGACAUCGUCGUGUCGAACUACGACGACGUCGUCGCCGUCAAGGCCGCCGAUCUGCUCUCCGACAAAACAGGGGCCGUGCCUGGCUGCACGCAGAACGUGACCAUUUACAACACCACGGUCUACCGCGGCGCCGGCCUGUCCAUCGGAAGCGUGCACCCGUCGCCGCUCAAGCCCUGCGUGGGUGUCGGCCGCGGUCAACUUCUAUAUUGAGGUUUUAGUCCGCGUGCCCGGCGAUGAGUCAGUUCGGCAAUGAGCCAGUUUGAGGAGAUCCCGUCCCCGGGGCGCGGCUUCCAGGGCUCCCGCGCUUAGGUGGGCUAGCGGCCUGUAAGACACUAGCAGCAACGACACUAGCAAGCAGCAACAGUGGCAAGCAAGCAAGUUGCAGCAGUGCACAGUCGUUCGUUGCAAAAGAGAACAGCGCGACAGGACCUACCUGUACCACAGAUUCGCCACAGCCAGAACUCGCUGCGUACGGGACCUGUGUUAGUAAAACAGCGAGGUUGCCCUCGAGAGCCAUUGAGGUUGCGGAGCGACGCCACGCCGUUUUGCAGAGCAAGUGGCUGCGUCGACGUCGCAUCGAUGGCGUGCGUCCACACAGGCCCCACGAUGCGAUCACUUCUGGCCGCAACCUGCCUCGGCGCCGCCGCGGCGUUCGCACCCGGUUUUAAGGCGGUAACCCCGCGCGCGCGCGUCGUCGUGAACAUGGAGGGCGAGGCCGACGGCUGCCGGGGCUCGGUCAAGUUCUUCUCGGACAAGGGUUAUGGGUUCAUCGAGCCCGACGACGGUAGCGAGGACAUGUUCGUGCACUUCAGCGCCAUCAACAAGAGCGGCUUCAAGAGCCUGAACGACGGCGAGACGGUCACCUACGACAAGCGCUACGACGCGGACAAGGGCAAGUGGUUCGCGGCGAACGUGGACGGGGACGGCGACGGCACGCCGCGGGAGCGGUACUAGGACGGUCUAGGACCUCGCUCGAGUCUCGACCGACACCGUUAAUUCUCGUGUACGCUUA